CUUAUUGACCUGAACAUGGGGUAUUAUCAUAUGACGUGUCGGUGCAGGACAGAGUUUUGUUAUUUGUAUGGGGCGCCAUGGAAGGUGUGUAGGUGCCCUCAGUGGGAUGAGUGCCGACUGUUUGCUGUGGCGGAACAGAGAGUCGCAACUCGGCAGGGGUGA